UGGCUCCACCCCCCGGGGCGGGCUGGCUCCACCCCCGGGGCGGUCUGGCUCCACCCCCCGGGGCGGGCUGGCUCCACCCCCCGGAACCCUCCCGGGGCCUUUCAACAAACUCCGAUCAAUCUUUAGCCACGCCCACAGGGGGCGGUGCCCCGCGGGGCGGCCAAUGGGCAAUGGCACAGAGGGGAGGGGGCGGGAAUUGGAAAGGGUUAGGAAUGGGAGCAUGGGAGAGACUUUCCACUGCCCUGACCAGUAUAGACCAGUCCAGACCAGUAUAGACCAGUAUGGACCAGUGUAGAGCAGCAUGGGCAGCAGGGGAUGCAGGGAACCAGUACAGACCAGUUCAGACCAGUAUGGAGCCCCACCUUUCACUGCCCUGGGAUGGAGACACUGGGAUGGAACUGGUGACACUGGGACAGGGUGGGGGACACUGGGGUGAAACUGGUGACACUGGGAUUGAACUGGGGACAAUGGGCUGGUGACACUGGCAUGGUGACAAUGGGGUCGGGACACUGGAGUGAAACUGGUGACACUGGGGUAGUGACACUGGUAUGGGGAAAAUGGGGUGGUGGCACUCAGGUGGUGACAGUGGGACAGAACUGAUGGCACUGGGUUGGUGACACUGGGAUGGAACUGGUCACAUUGGGCUGGUGGCACUGGGGCAGCCCUGGGGACACUAGGGUUGUGACAGUAGGAUAGAACUGGUGGCACUGGGCUGGAAUUGGGGACAGUGGGAGGGCACUGGUGACACUGGGAUGGGGAUAGUGGGACAGGACUGGGGACACCGGGAGGAGACACGGGGAUGGGGACAUCAGGAAGGGACAGGGGACACUGUGGGGAAUACUGGGACAGGGUGGGUGAGACUGGGGUGAAACUGGGUACAUUGGGCUGGUGCCAUGGGUGGCACUGACAUGGUGACAUAGGUAUGGGGACAAUGGGGUGGUGGCACUGGGACGGGACUUAGGACACUGGGCUGGGACUGGGUUGGUGACAUUGGGCUGGUGGCACUGGGGUGGUGACAGUGGGAUGGAACUGGUGGCACUGGGUUGGUGACACCGGGAUGGAACUGGUGGCACUGCUGUAUCCCCGGUGCCACCUGUCCGGUGUCCCCGUGUCCCCGCAGUGUCCUGGGCUGGGCCCGCGCCGCCCUGGCGCGGGGGGGCGGGGCCGGGCCGGUGACAUCGACUCUUCCUGGUUCCUCUCUCCGGCCGCGCCGCGUUCCGGAGUGUCCCCAACUGUCACCGGGGCGUGUUCGGACCCGGAGUGUCCCCGGAGCGUCCCCAAGGUGUCCCCGCCGUGUCCCCAGCGGCCAUGGAGCCCCGCAAGCUGCUGGAGCCACUGGUGGCUGUGGUGGCCACCUUGGGCGAGGUGGUGGCCACCGUGACCGGGCCACACAGGGGCUUGCGGCGGGGCGUGUCCCCAAAGUCCCUGCACACGGCCCUGAGGAACUUCACCUGGCACCUCCGGGCCACCCUGGGCCACCGCUGUGUCCCCUCCCUGGUCCAGGCCCUGGCCUCCCUUGGGGCCACCCCAGGGGCCACCUGGGCCGAUGUGAGAGCUGCUGCCAGCACCUGUCGGGAGUCGGUGGCCACACUCGAGCACAGCUGGAUCGAGCUGACCAAGGAGGCCACCGGGCUCCACUACACCUGUAAGGACGUGGCCAUCGCCACAGGCAGUGCCCGGGCCAGGGACCUGUGGGAUAAGGCCACCUGCUGGGGGACAGCUGGGGACAACCUGGUGGCCACAGCCCGGCAGCUGCCGGUGGCCCUGGACAGGGAGGAGGUGGCCCUGGACAGGGAGGAGGUGGCCUUGGCAGGGGCCACGCACGAGGCCCGGGUGGCGGCAGCCACCAAGGAGGCCGUGGGAGAGGCCAUGAUGGCUACCAGCUGGGCAAGAGUGGCCACCAGGAGGGGACAGUGGGCAGAGGCGGCCCUGGGGCCGCUGAAGCGCUUGGUGGCUGCGUGUGACGAAGCCACCGAGUUCACCUGGGAGCUGCAGUGGCGGCUCAGGGACAUCGAAGCCGAUCUGGAGGGGACAAAGGAGGCAUCCCCUGAUGUUGCUGAGGACUUAGUGGCCGAAGUGGCCGAGUUUGAACAGCUGUGGGAGGCUAGCGCCCGCCUGUUCACACGUCACCUGCUGGGGACACUUGGGGACAUCCACGACCUCCUCUUGAGUCCCUAUGGUGGCCGUGGUGGCCCUGGUGGCCCCAGUAGCCGCGCGGUGGCCGAGCGGUGCCAAAAAGCCAUCGAGGACAUCCCGAGGCUGCUGCAGGGACAGUGAUGUCACCGCUGGGAUGUCAUCGGGGCAGUGACGUCACCGGGGUGACUUGUGGGCACUCAGGUGCCACUGGGCACUGGGACGCCCCCCAUGCAUUGACCCCCUCCCCGAGCACCGGGCCCAGACUCCCUUUGUGCCCCCCACCCAUCUUGGGGGUUCUGCCCCCUCCCAUUUGACCCCCCCAGAGCCACGGGACCCACUGGGAACAGCACCAGGACUGGGGGGACCCCUAGCGCCAGGGGGGCACAGGGGGAUCCCCAGCACCGGGGGGGGGUCCCAUGGGGCUCAGUCUUGUCUCCCCCCGCUAUCACUAGGGUCCCCCCCACCCCAUGCACCAGGCCCCACACAUUCAUCCCCCCCUUCACCGAGCCCCCCAAAGCGCUGGGACACCCCCAGUCCAUGCCCCCCACUCACCUCCCCUCCCCCAUCCAUGUAGCCCCCCCCACCCCACAAUCACCAGGACCCCCCAAUCCAUGGGACCCCCCCACACUCACCAGGACCCCCCUCGGCACCCCCCGGGCCCUCCCCAUUGAUUGAACCCCCCCGAAACGCCCCCCCCGAGCCCCCCCGGUGGGGCCGGGCUGGCUGCACCCCCGGGGCCGCCGCUGCUCGGAGCCUUUCAAUAAACGCGGAUCGUCUUCUA